AUUUUUUGGACAUUUUUCAAAUUGAUGUCGCGCACAAUGUGCUAUUUGCGCGCUGUGGGGUAUAAAAGCAGCGCUGGAUUUUGCCAACUAACAAAUUUGUGCACAACCAAACUUUUCUUUAAGCUUUUCACUACUAUUUAUUACACGCUACACAUAUUACAAUCAUUUACUUUACCAAAAUGUUUUCCCACAAGAUUAUUUCAGCCUCGUCCCCUGCUCGCGCCAAGCUUGCCGCUGCAGCUGUCAACGCAUCUCGGCAGCGGUUUUUCCUGCCGCGUGCUGGCCUGCGCAUCUCUGCCACUGCCGGCAAGCCCAACGUUCAGCAGCACCAAACCGGCGGUAGCCACACAGUGGCCCCGCACGAGCUGCUUGACAAGAUGGCGCCAAAGGGUGAGAAGGAAGUUUUGUCAUCGAUCCUUGAUGGCGAGCUCGACUACGACACCGACUUGGGCGCGGCCUCGGUCAACAACAUGCAGGCCACCCUACGUGCUGAGCUUGCAUUAAAGGCUGAGAAGAUCACGCAAGAUACCUACGCCGAUGUCGUUUCCAAGGCUGAUGGAGCCGCAAAGGGCACAUACGACGAGGUGGCCAGAAAGGCCGAAAGGGCCGCCAAAAACACAUAUGACGACAUUGCGUCCAAGACCGAGUCUUCCACCAAAAACACUUACGACAAGGCUGCUGAAGCCGGCAAGGCCGCCCAGAACACAUAUGAGGACGUCUCUUCCAAGGCCAGCAGGGUCGCAAAGGACGCAUACAACGAGGCUGCGUCCAAGACCGAGAAGGUCGUGCAGGAUACGUACGACGGAGUCUCUAAGGCUGGGAAGGCUGCCAAGGAUACAUACGAUGAUGUCGCCACCAAGGCUGGAAAGUUUGCAAAGGACAAGAUAGAUGAGUUUUCCAAGCGCAGCUAAAUAUUAAUCAUUUUUGUACAAUAAAUAAAAUACAAAAUUAAAUAAAC